GAAGCUAUUCACCCUUCAUUUAUUUUUAAUCAUUAGGAUGACAUAAACUCACAUGUCUCAUCCUUACACGCAUCCAAAGUGUAAUUAAAAUAAUUUUCAAAACACAGAAAGCAAAAACUUAUAUGCAUAUAUAUAGCUUAUACCCAACCAUCCCAAAGCAAAAAAAGCAAAAGCAAAACCGAAGCAAAGCAAAAGCGAAGGGCAGGGAAUUGUCUCAAAAAGCUCCCCCCGCGCUCUGUGUCAAAUCAUGGAUGAAGCUGAAACGCCACCGUUUUGGCUGCAGACCAGCACCACCUUCCGCCGUGCCGGCGACCGACGCCGCCGUCGUUCGUCCUCUGUCUUCCUGAACUCCGGCGUCCUUGUCGCACUCUUACUUGGAACCGCGACGCUCUUCAUUUUCUUCAUCAUCCCUUCGAUUCUUUCCCUCACCUCUCGAAUCUUCAAGCCAGAUUUGGUGAAGAAGAGCUGGGACUCUCUGAAUUUGGUGCUUGUUCUUUUCGCGAUGAUCUGUGGAUUUCUCAGUAAAAAGAAAGAUGAGAACGAAAAUGCCGGUGAAGAUCAUCGCCGUUUUUCGAAUGUCUCGCAAUUACAGCAAACGGAAAGAUCGAGUUCCCCAAUUAGUGCUCCACAAAAAUGGUACGAGUAUCCAGAUCGAACGGUCGUUAGUUCGAUUGGAACGGGUAGAUUGAUGAAGAGGAAUAGUAGUUCGUACCCAGAUUUCCGGCGAGAGUCGUGGUUCGUGGGAGGCGAAGAUCAAUGGCGAUUUUUCGAUGAUACCCAGAUGAGUCAUUAUCGGGUUCUGACUUCGGAUCAUCAUCGUCCACGACGGCCACAGCGGGAGUAUGAUCAAGACGACUCCGAGUUUAAGAACAUACCUGUGGAUACUUUUGAAACUCGUCCUAGGGCAGCUUCACACACGGCAGCGGCGCCGCGAUCUCCUCCGCCUCCUCCCCUAUCGCCGGCGGAGGCACCUCUGUCACGGCUGAGUACAGUUGGACAAGAGGCAAAGGGAUCAUCGGGAUCUCUUGCGCAAGAAGAGGAGGAAAAUUCUACUAAAGGAGAUUUUGAUGUCGGGAAAUUCCAACAGCUGCCCCAAUCGCAGCCACUUCCUCCGCCGCCGCCGCCGCCUCCGCCGCCUCCGCCGCCGCUGCUGCCACCAUCACCGCAGUCGGUGACACCUCCGCCGCGGAAAGUAAGGCAGAAGGCGAGGCGAUCAUUUGAAUCUCUUGCGCGUAAAGAAAAAACAGAGAAAUCACCCAAUGCUGAGUUCGAUGACUGGAAAUUCCUGACGCCGCCGCCGCCGGCCCCGCCACCUCCCUCGUCGUUGCAAUCGGAGCGAAAACGCGGCAAAGGUGAUAGGAAGAGAGGAGGUUCAAGUGCAACCAAGGAGUUUUUGACCUCACUAUACCAUCACGGAAAGAAGAAGAAGAGGCAGAGACAGAAGAGUCUCGAUAAUUUCGAUACCAUCGUUCAGGAUCCAUUACCUUGUUCGCCUUCAGGUCCUCCGCCACCACCACCUUCGGUAUUCCACAAUCUGUUUUCUACCAAAAAGGCCAAAACCAAGACAGUCCACUCAGUUCCGCCGCCGCCGCCGCCGCCGCCACCGCCCCCACUCACUUCGACUGCCCUCGCACUAAAAACGAAGGCCCAAAAAGCAGAGUCGCAGUCGCAUCCAACUCCGAUCAAGACCCACAAAUAUCCAUUACCGGUGGAAGAGAACACGAACAGCGGCAGCGAGUCUCCCCUGAUCCCGAUACCGCCGCCGCCUCCGCCGCCGCCUUUCCGAGUACCGGACUGGAAGUUCGCCGUGCACGGCGAUUUUGUCAGAUUGCUGAGCAGCCACAGCUCGCGCAGCGGUUCUCCUGACCCAGAUCAAGCCGAAGCUUCGCCGACAAAGGCCGCUGGCGUUGCUACAGAAACCGGUGAGACAAUGCCGGGAUUGUUCUGUCCAAGCCCGGACGUGAACACCAAAGCUGAUAGCUUCAUCGCCAGGUUCAGGGCAGGCUUGAGGAUGGAGAAGAUGAAUUCCUUCAAGGAGAGGCAAAUGUCUGGGCUUGGGCCAGGCCCAGGCCCACACCCAAAUCCUACCCACAGCCCAGGAGUUAUAGCUUCUGGACCAAGCUCUUGUUGAUCUGCAUUUUCAGUUUUUUUUUUUGUCUUUCUUUUGGGUUUGUAACAUUAUGAUCAUUAUUAUUCAUUUGAGUUUUUAUUACAUAUAAAUGGAGGUUAAUUAAUUGCA